UUAUGGGGCGGGCGUCGAGCGCUGAGAGGAAGGAGCGGCAGAAUGUUAGUUCGGACAUUGUUGGCUGUGGUGUUGUGGUGUGUGGUGUGUUUUCUGACCAGCUCGAGUUGAGUCGAGUUGACAAUGACGCCGUUUGAACGACGCGGAAAUAGCGGGGCGCGGGUUCUGCCGCCCCGAAGGCGGUGAGACCGAAAUUUGGGAAAGCGCCGAAAAAGUUCGAGGCGCGCAGAACCAGCCAGCCAGACAUCAACACUCGACUUUUUUUUGUCCCCCCACCAAACACCACUCCUCCAUUCCUGACUGACUGACUGCUUGCGAUUAUGGGUCAGGGACGUCGCAUGAAGAAACAGGGCCCGCCGGGCCCGCUGGACGAAUCGCUCGUCACGCGCAAACGGAAAGACGCACCGCCUGCGCCCGUGCAGGAGCAGCGAGGGAAGAAGAGGAGGACAGAGGCCAAGGCCAAGACACAACCGCCGUCCAAGAAGGCUGCGAUUGCUGCGGGUGCCGCGGUCAAUGGACGCAGCAAGCCGAAGGCGGGCAAGAAGUUUGUGCCGCCGCCGCCUGAGGACGACGAGGAUGAAAUCUCAGACGCCGACGAUGUUAUGGAGGGUGUGAAUGUCACGGGCCUCGAUGCGCUGGGUAGUGCGUCCGAGGACGACGAGUUUGGCGACUCGGAUUCUGAGCUUGUUGACGAUUCGGAUGAGGAGGUUAGGAAGACGGGCAUGUGGUCUGACGACGAGGAUGAGGAGGAUGUCGAGGAGAAGCUCACAGCCGCCAACAUCGAGGGUCUGUCGCGGAAACUCGACAUGCAGCAGGCGAUUGAGGAUGCAGAGGCAGCAGCUGAACUCGAGGAGGCCAACAUGCAGACCAACAUUGCCGGCGAGCGGCCCAAGAUCCUGGACGACGAGGAUGACGAGGGCCGCAAGAUCACCAACCUCGUCACGCAGGAUGUGCAGCUUCUGCGCACCCGGUUGAACGAUACCGUGCGCGUGCUCGACGACUUCAAGAACCUGGCCGAGGAGGGACGGUCGAGAGCAGAGUACCGCGCGCAGAUGCUGAAGGACCUGUGCGCCUACUACGGAUACUCCGAGUUCCUGGCCGACAAGCUCCUCAAUCUCUUCCCUGCACGUGAGGCUUUUGCUUUCUUCGAGGCCAACGAGACGCCCCGCCCCAUCGUCAUCCGCACCAACACGCUCCGCACACAUCGCCGUGAACUCGCGCAGUCGCUCAUCAACCGCGGCGUGCAGCUCGAGCCCGUGGGCAAGUGGUCCAAGGUCGGUCUGCAGAUCUUCGAGUCGCAGGUCCCGCUCGGUGCUACGCCAGAGUAUCUCGCCGGCCAUUACAUCCUGCAAGCUGCGUCGUCGUUCCUCCCCGUCAUGGCCCUGGCGCCCCAGGAGAACGAGAGGGUGCUGGAUAUGGCUGCUGCCCCUGGUGGUAAGACGACGCAUAUCGCCGCGCUGAUGAAGAACACGGGAUGCAUCUUCGCAAACGAUAUGAACAAGGACCGUGCUAAGGGUCUGAUUGGUAACAUUCACCGUCUGGGUGUGCGUAACAGCAUCGUGUGCAACUACUCUGCGCUUGAGUUUCCUAAGGUCAUGGGCGGGUUUGAUCGUGUGUUGUUGGAUGCGCCGUGCUCGGGUACGGGGGUUAUUGCUAAGGAUGCCAGUGUCAAGACGAACAAAACCGAAGCCGACUUCAUGAAGCUCCCCCAUCUCCAGAAGCAGCUCCUCCUCGCGGCCAUCGACUCCGUAGACCACCACAGCAAAACAGGCGGCUACAUCGUCUACUCGACCUGCUCCGUGACCGUCGAGGAGAACGAGCAAGUAGUGCAAUACGCGCUGAACAAGCGACCGAAUGUCCGCCUCGUCGAGACAGGCCUGACCUUUGGAAAAGAAGGCUUUACAAAUAUCGGCGGCAAGAUCUUCCACCCUAGCAUGAAGAUGACCAGACGUUACUACCCCCACACCUACAACGUCGACGGCUUCUUCGUCUCAAAGUUCAAGAAAAUCGGCCCCACGCCGCUUAAUGCCGUGGGCGCAAACAGCAGUGCUAACGGUUCCCUGGCGGCUAGCACGGCCGAGUACGUCGAUAAAACGCCCAUCCGCGAGGAAGGGGAGGAUGAGGCAGACGACUUUGGCGACUGGGACGAGGACGAGGAUAAAUUGUAUAUUGAGCGCGCGCAGGCUACGGCGCUGAGGCGGAAGGGCAGGAAUCCUAAGGCUGUGCCGCAGAAGGGGCUGAAUGGGAUGGCGAAUGGGGUUGCGGCGAAGGAGAAGGAUAGGAGCGCUUUGGAGGGGGAGAAGGCGAAUGGGGUUAGCAAGGAGGAGGAGGAGGUGGUUGUCCCGGAAGCGAAGGCUAAUGGCGUGAACAAGAAGGAUGGGAAGAGUAAGAAGGCGGGUAAACCUGCGAUUGAAAAGGUGGAGGAGGUGGUUGUCGUUGGGGAGAAGAACGGGGCGGCGAAGAAGGCGGAUGGCAAGGUCAAUGGCGCGAGUAAGAAGGAGGGGGAGGCGAAGAGCACGAAGACAUCUGCGAAGGUGAAUGGGAAGGUGAAUGGUAAGUCGGACGCGAGGUCUGGGAGAAAAAAUGGCGCGGGGAAGGGUAGGGCGUAGAUAGGAUGGAGUGACUUGUAAAGUGGGAUGUGCUGUGUACUGGCGCGUAGUCGGCGAACGAACUUGUUCAGAUAUAUCAUUGCAUGAGUG